GCGCCGGCCUCCAGGGGUGUCACCGUGCUGGUCCAGAUGCUGGACGACUCGCUGGUGCCCUUCAACAUCCAGCUGAAAUGGCCAGCUAAGGUGUUGUUUGACAUGGUCUGUAAGCAUCUUGGCCUUCUGGAGUCCGACUACUUUGGACUGGAGUACUGCGACAGCGAAGGAGUCAAGGUCUGGCUGGACAUGGAGCGCUCCAUGAGCCGGCAGCCGGACCUCAGCUCGCGCGACCUGGUGCUCUGGCUAUGCGUCAAGUUCUACACGCCCGACCCGGCCAAGCUGGAGGACGAGCUGACGCGCUACCUGUUCUCGCUACAAAUCCGGCGAGACCUGGCGCAGGGCCAGCUCAGGUGCAACAGCAAGACCACCGCCGUGUUGGCCAGCUACAUCAUACAGUCCGAGCACGGCGACUACGAGCCGGCCGAACGGCCCGGCUGGUACCGCGUGCUGCCCGGCCAGGACGCCGAGCUGGAGCGGCGCAUCGUGGAGUCGCACCGGCGCCUCGCUGGCCAGCCGCCCAGCGAGGCGGAGCUCAACCUGCUGGAGACGGCGCGCCGCUGCGAGCUCUACGGCAUGAAGAUGCACCCGGCCAAGGAUCACGAGGGAGUGCCGCUUAACCUGACCGUGGCCCACAUGGGUAUAGUAGUGUUCCAGCACCUGUGCCGAAUCAACACAUUCUCCUGGGGAAAAAUCAGGAAGAUAUCCUUCAAGCGACGUCGAUUUCUCGUCAAGCUGCAUCCGGAUGGCGCGAGAUAUUACAAAGACACGGUGGAGUUCUUCUUCGAGAGCCGCAAUCACUGUAAGAACUUUUGGAAGAAGUGUGUGGAGCACCACGGCUUCUUCCGCUGUCUGGAGGCCCGCCAGGGCGGCCGCUCCAGACCCAGCGUCAUUCCCAAGGGCAGCUCCUUCAGGUUUACUGGACGAACGCAGAAGCAGGUUGCUGAGUUCGCGAGGGAAAGUUUUUCCAAACAGCAUGUUUUUAAUAGGUCUCAGUCGUUCCGCACCACGUCCAGCAGCGUGAGGUCCAGCAGUCUGAGGAAUGUCGGCACUUCCCUGUCGGCCAACCCCCUUAUCCCUAUCGACAUGGAGAACGACCAGUGCGAGCGGACGCCCGUAUCGCUGUCGUUCGGCUCAGUAACGCUGACAUCAUCCAUGACGCCGCGCUCGCCGCCGUCGCUGACGGACCACGACACGGGCGAGCUGGACACCACGUCACGAGGCGAGGCCACCACGUCAGCCGCCUCGUCGCUGCCGGCGGCGCGGCCCGGCCAUCUCUCGCCCGACAGCGAGCUCUCGAGCGCGCCGACCGACUCGUUCGGGCCGGCGGCGCGGCGGCCCGCUUCUCGGCUCUCGCGCAGCAGCCCCAGCCUCUCGGAGACGCCAGAGGAGUCGGAGCGUGCGGGCGCCGGGCGCCGGCUGCCCUGCCGGCGCCAGCUCAGCCGCGACUCCUCCAGCCUCAGCUCGGUGGUCGAGAUCAACACGGUGAUCGACCGGCGCCAGCUGCUCGACGACACGGUGUCGCACGACUCGUACGACCUGCUGGAGCCGGGCCUGCGGCCGGCCGACUGGGGCCUGCCCGGCGCCUCGGAACACGGCGAGUACCAGCUGGCCGCGGAGACCGGCCAGGAGGAGUGGCUGCAGGUGCGCUCUGUGCCCGGCACCCUGGAGCGCGUGGUGCUGCAGCGGCUGUGGCGCGUGCUGAUGAUGCACCUAUAUGGGCCGAGCGACAGCACGAGGGUACUGUUCACGUCGCCCUCAAAGUAA